CCAGCGCCUGCUGUCAACCUAUCUCAGCUGCUGGCUAGCUAGCUUGUAUGCGGAGUGUAUGUACCAGUAAUGACUCCUGAAAUAAGUCUGCUUUAGUGACAUUUAGUCAGAACUAGUAAAACGUAACUGCUGAAGGCAAUGGGGCUACCGCAGAGCUCGUUACUGUCGGACGGAGGAGCUAAUUGUGGAUAUCAUGUCCACGGGGUUCAAGAGGACUCUCCUGCUCUGAAGGCUGGUCUGGAGCCUUUCUUUGACUUCAUUCUCUCUAUAGGAAACGCCCGACUUAAUAAGGAAAACGACCUGCUGAAGGAUCUUCUGAAGGCAAAUGUGGAAAAAGCAGUCAAACUUGAAGUGUAUAACUCCAAAACCCAGCGUGUGAGGGAGCUGGAGGUGACACCCAGUAAUAUGUGGGGCGGUCAGGGUUUGCUGGGGGCUAGUGUCCGCUUCUGCAGCUUUGAAGGAGCCAAUGAGAAUGUGUGGCAUGUCUUGGAAGUGGAACCAAAUUCUCCCGCCGCUCUCGCAGGCCUGAAUGCAUACAAUGACUUCAUCGUUGGAGCUGACCAAGUGUUACAAGAUUCCGAGGAUUUCUUUUCUUUGAUUGAAGCCAACGAGGGGAAACCUUUGAAGCUUUUGGUGUACAACACUAAGACGGAUCAGUGCCGAGAGGUAGUGGUGACUCCUAACGGAGCGUGGGGAGGCGAGGGAAGUUUAGGCUGUGGGAUUGGUUAUGGAUACUUGCACAGAAUUCCAACUCGUCCAGUUCAGCCUAACGCCCAGAAUAAAAAUGUUCUUCAACCAGUGCUCACUGGCAGCAGUGAAGAGGUAGUUGCAACUGAGCACACUGAGGUGGAGGUGCCUUCUACCGAUGAAUGUAGCCUAUCUACCGAAGAAGCACUGAAUCAAAGUGAGAAAAGCAUGCAAGAUCAGUCUUUAAUCUCAGCCACUCAGCAGCCACCAGACCGAGAUGCUUUCACCAUACUCGAUGCAACAACUUCAGAUUUAUCAGCCACUGUUUCCACUAAUGAGGAAGGCAGCAGCUCCAUGUUUGCUAAUUAUGGAGAUGACUCAGGUGAUCAGGGUAGCUUGGAUUAUUCAUCUUUUGACCAAAGACCUUCAUUUCCAGAGAAGCAAGGAGAACCAGACAUCCAGGAACCUGAGCAGAAGCCCGGUAUAGACCUGACUACCAGCACUUCUCCUAUCAGAGAGACUGCUGAAGACAUGGCUGGCCUCAAAAUUACCACCGAAAACCCGAGUAUCACAACAAUCCCCAAGGUACCAGAUGCUAACUCUGAGCCUUUAAGCUCAGUUGAGGUUGUGAGCGAAGAGAUGUUUGAGCCUGCUGGGCCAGGCAGUUAGCUGACUUUCAUAAAGAAUAUUCAAGAGCACACCAUGUUACAAAAAAGCUACCGUUAAUGAUUGUAAGCUGUUAUCACUGGGGCUGUUUUUUUUGUUUGUUUUUGUAAAAGAAUUGCGUUUGCAUACCAGUGCCACUGCUGCAUGCUAAAUUGCACAUUUAUGUUGACUUGAAAUUCUAGGAAUGCAUACAGUUAAUCCAACAUGAAUGUAUUCUGUAGUUUAGGCGUACUGUAUGUUUCAACAUCAAACAAGAUGAAGCCUUAGUUAAGCUGUCAUGCUGCUUAAAACAAUCCUGGUGUGCACAUUAAAAGCCCAAGGUAAAAAAUAAUAAUUAGCCUUACCUUGUUGCUCUUACAAUAACCACUGUAACACAGUACAAACACUGUAGAUUAAUGAUGUUUGACUUAAGUGUCACACCUGGACUUUUUUUCCAUUUUUAAAAAAAGAGGUUUUAAUUAAAGUUUGUUUUUACUUUCUCGUGGGUACUCAUACAGAAGGAUUUAAUCUCAGGCGUUUCCUAUUUAAGCCUUUUUGCCUUUAAUCUUGGUCAAAAUCUUCUGUCUAAUGUGAAUGAGUGGGCCGUGUGUGACGCAGUUCUCUGAUUGUUUUCUGUUUCUUCUCUUUUAAUCGAUUUUAGUUAGAUCAUGUCUCUGAUUUGUAUGGAAGAAUUGAAAAUAUACAGAUAUUUAUAAAUAUAUGUUCAAGAUAAACCUCCAUGAGUCUGUUUUGGUUUCUGUUCUUUCUUUUUUUGGGGCGGGGAGGUCCAUGCUGUUGUUAAAUCAAAAUGUCAUUAUAUUGCCAGCUCACACAUAUUACUGAUAUUUCCUGUGUCUAAUAUGAGUCCUGUCCACCCAGCGGAGUUCAUAUUUUGAGGCAGCAGAUGUCAGCAAACACCUCACGAUACAUCUCCACUGA